UAAAAAUCGAUUACUAUUGAUAUGUUUUGUUUUCAUCUUUAUAAAUAAAAUUUUUUGGUUCAAAUGGCGCGGAAUUUUAUUUGAUAUAUUGCAUUAAAAACGAAAGAUAAAUAAAUUUUACAUUAUUUGUAUCACUUUGUUAACUCAAAAUGGUAGAAAAGAAAUGGACGCUGGACGUCGAAUCCAAUCAGUACGAUUUGGUGUCAGGAUCGUUUUAUUUGGUUGGAUGUUGGAGUGAUGGGGAAAAUAUCAAACAAUGUGUUGAUAUUUCAUUAAAAGCACAGAGUGUGGACACUAAACACUGCAUACUGGAUGUAUCCGACAAUGACAUAUAUAUUUAUGAUUUAUAUAGUGCGUUCGGAACUUUUGUGAAUAACAGACGUUUAAAUCCGAUGCGCAAGGAAUGUAUAGACGUGAAUUGUGAAUUACGUUUUGGUGAUUUAAAUGGCAGCUUAAAGGCAGUUGAGGUUUUGAAUACCACAGACACAUUCCUGGCGCCUUCUCAUAGAGCUCCAAGAGCUUCAUUGUCCAAUACGAGUACCCGAUUAUUUAGUUCACCUGAUGUUUCGCUUUUGAAUGAUACAAAAAAUGACAGUUUUGACAUUCCUGAAACACAAAACAUAAGAAAAAGAGCAUCUAUUGAAAAUUCGAGUAUAUUAAGUUCUUCACGAAACCAAUCAUAUGAUGGAAAAAGUUUCUGUGAUGAAUCUUUUAUACCAGAAACGCAAAUGCCUUCCAGAACAGACCCAUCGUAUGAAGCAUCGGAAUUAGGAUCAAAUUUACAAAAAUCUGGUGAUUUUAUUCGUAUAUGCACCCAAGAUUUCAAUGAAAACUUAUUUGAAGACGUUGAAGAUGAUGAGGCAAUGUUCUCAUCUUUGGUCAUACCAAAUAUUCAACACAAACCAGUUAUAUUGGCUGAUGUGUCCUUGAAUAUGGAUGUAGAUGAAGAUGCAUCAAAAACUCUUGAAUGUGAUGGUGAAGUGGAGUCAUUGAACUGUGGCAAUCAAACAGCUAAAAGUGUAACAUUAACCGACCCCGCUCAAAAUGGAAUAUGCACAGAUCGGGAUGAUGUUUGUACACCAGAUUUAUUUGAUUUACCAGAACUGGCACAUAUUAAUGUGCAAACUGAUACUAAUCUGCCGGCUGAGAAAAAUAUGGGAAAAGAUAAUGAUCUUGCCCAAAGGCAAGUGAGUGAAGUAAUUGGUGGUGAUGGGUAUGCUGAGGAAGUCGAUAUGAUGGCCACGCAAGUAUUUGUGCCUAUACCAAAGCAACCAGAGGCGAAAGUGACUGAAAACAUAACCACUACCAAUGGAUUAUCAUUAAGUGGUAAAGAAAACAUUGCUAAUACAGAUUUCAGUUUGGAACAAACACAGAUUUUCGCGCCAGUCAAAGAAAGAAGUCUAGGAGCGCAAAACCUCAAUUCCACAUCCAGUGACAAAAGCGCCGCACCUACAAUUCAAAACAAUGAUGACAACUCUUCUUUGUUGGCAGCUACCCAAAUAUUUAUAAAUACUGUUGAAUCAAAUGAUAAGUCAAUUAAAUCUGCAGUAAAACAAAACCUCAAUAAUACAUUGACAUCAAGUGGAAUUAAUGAAAUGGCAAAAAGUGAGGGUAAUUUUUCUCACGAAAUGAAUAAAAGUUCAUCGAAAAAAGAAUAUGAUCGAGAAAAGCAAGCUUGCUUCAAAAAACCGAAGUUAAGUAACAAGAAUAAACCAGUUAAAGAAAGUACUUCCAGUAUAGGCAGUUCACAGUCGGAAGCCGAAGAGUCGAUCUUAUGCACACCUAAAUGGAUUACGGAUAAAUUUGAUUUACUUUCGAAGCAACGCAGUAAAAUAAUUAUGAAACGCAACUUAUUUGGAUCCGAUUCGGAGGAAGAUUCAAUUGAGCUUAACAAAUUAGAUGCUAAAAAAGAUUCUAAGGAUUUCGAUAAAUUACUAUGUAAUCUUAAAGAAAUACAACCACCGAAAUUUGUGCCAUCCAAAUGCUCUGUGGUUAAACAGGAAGAGCUUACUGAUGUUAGAAAAGUUAGUAACAAUAAAAAUAAUCGUGACAGUCGGGCAGAAGUUGUUUUGGAAAACCCGGAUAAGAAAUUGGAAGGAGUAUCACCCGGAAGGAAAGAAAAAAUUUCACCACCUUCAACUAGAAGGUCUAGUAAGGAGAAGUCUAAGCCUGAUAAAAAAGUUGAAUCACAUUCGAGCCAUCGGAGCAGUAGUGGUAGACACAUUGGUCACAAUGAAGAUCGUGAAAAAAGUGAGGAACCUAAAAAACGCACAAGAAAGAUUUCACAAAAAGAUGAACAUACUAAUGAAAUCGAAGAGGUAUCUACAAGAAGAAUGACACGACACUCUGAUCACAAACAAGAAUUGGAAAAAAUUGAGAAAAAUAAAAAGCCAGCAAAAAAUGUAUCAUCAAAAGGUGAAAAUACAAAUGAAAUUGAAGAGGCACCUACAAGAAGAAUGACGCGACUUAAGUCCAGAACGAGUGAUAUGGAGUACGAUAAAGCGAGCAGUUCAACAUCUGGACCCACGCAAGCGAAAUUACGGAAAAUUGAGCAAACAGAUGAACCAGACAUUAACAAAAAACGCGUAACUCGCUCACGUUCGAAGAACGACUCUCAAGAAAGUAUUACGUCGAUAAAGUCCACGACCUCUUCGCGGAGCUCAUCAAGAAAAAAGAAUGCGCGAGAAAUGGAAUCGCGGGAGAAAAUUGUAACCGAUGACAACACUUCAGCCAAAGUGUCAAACAGUGCCAAGGUCGUUGAAAAGAACGGAACGGGUACUACCACUUCUACGAAAGAUCAUAGUCGCAAAAGUAGUGCUGAAGAACCAACAGUUGCCGAAAGCAAAAAAUUGAGGAACAAUGCACGUAUCUUGCAAGUUGCAAUGUCUAUGGUUGAACCAAAGUUAUUCCAAAGCUUAGUUGACAAUUCACCGGGGAACUGGUGUGUCGCAAAUGAUCCCACUGAUGCGGAUGUUUUAGUAAUGGACAAAGGUAAUCGCACACUAAAAUUUUUAAUUGCCAUGGCCAAAGGAAUACCAAUUGUCACAUCAAAGUGGUUGCAAUCGUUCAAUAGUACAAAAACCGUGCCGCGUGGAAUUACACAUUUCUUCCGAGAUCACGACUUUGAAAAACGUCAUAAAUUUUCUUUAUUUAAAUCACUGGAAUUGGCUAGAAGUCAAAAGGUGUUCGAGGGCUAUGAUUUCGUUACUACACCUAGCAUCUUGCCACGACCAACUGAAAUUAAACAAAUUAUCGAAUGCGCUGGGGGUAAAGUAUACGACGAACCGCCAUCGCCCAAAAGUGAUCAAAAGAUUUACGUAAUUUCAUCAAUGAAUGAUAAAAAAUAUUGGCACAAGUAUCGACGCUGCAAUAGUAACAUCCGUAUAACUGACAGCGAGGGUGUAAUGGCCUCCGUUAUGCGCCAAUCUACUCUUCCGCUGGAUACAAAUGUUUUUGCUUAAAAUGUUUGUGAUACAAUUAUUCGAGUAUUCGUUGAAGAAACGCCAAUUUCAUUAACCAUUUUAGUACCAGUGCCGCCAUCUGUUAAGUGUAUAUUACUAAAUUUGUAAUGUUUUACUUCUAUGUUUUUCGUUUUAAGAAGUUUUUUAUAAAUACAAUAUAAAUGUUAAUGAGCGCCUUUUAAACAUUGUCGUUAUGUUUAAUUAAUGUUACCGUACAACUGAACAGAGACUCAAUUUAAAUUUCUUCGAAUUUUGCUCUUAUUAAUUUGUUCUCCAUAUUA